CCGGCACGGCCCAGCAGCGGCGGCGGCGGCGUUUCCCGGCGUGCCUCGCGGCGGAUUGUACACAAUCAUCAUGGCUGCCGCCGCUGCUGCCGCUGAUGGUGCCGAGGAGCCGGGCAUGGAGGCGGAGGCGCAGGAGUUGCCGCUGGGCUGCGGCGGAGGGGGCGGCUCGCCCACGGCCGGGAGAUCUCCGGAGGGUGAGGAGCGCCGGGAGCCCCCGCAGGGGUCUGUCAGCAACGGCGGCGACGAGAACAGCGGCAGAGAGCUGGUGGAGCUGAAGGUGAUCUGGAACAAGAACAAGUACGACGUGAAGUUCUGCCUGGACAGCACGGGAGCCGAGCUGAAGCAGAAGAUCCACUCGCUCACAGGCCUCCCGCCGGCCAUGCAGAAAGUUAUGUUCAAGGGACUUCUGCCAGAGGAGAAAACGUUGCGGGAAAUCAAAGUGACAAAUGGAGCGAAAAUAAUGGUUGUGGGCUCUACCAUCAACGAUGUGUUAGCAGUAAAUACACCUAAAGAAGCUGCUCAACAAGAGGUCAAAGCUGAGGAAAACAAAAAGGAGCCACUUUGCAGACAAAAGCAACACAGAAAAGUGUUGGAUAAAGGAAAACCUGACGAUGUGAUGCCUUCUGUCAAAGGUGUGCAGGAGCGGCUGCCCACGGUGCCGCUGUCCGGAAUGUACAACAAGUCAGGGGGGAAAGUCAGACUGACCUUCAAACUCGAGCAAGACCAGCUGUGGAUUGGUACAAAAGAGAGAACAGAAAAGUUACCCAUGGGGUCCAUUAAAAAUGUGGUGAGUGAACCUAUUGAAGGCCAUGAGGAUUAUCACAUGAUGGCAUUUCAGCUGGGCCCAACAGAAGCAUCUUACUACUGGGUCUAUUGGGUCCCAACUCAGUAUGUGGAUGCAAUCAAAGACACGGUGCUGGGGAAGUGGCAGUAUUUUUGAAAGCACGCUCACCUCUGGCACAGGAAAAUGACACAAAUCUAAGGACACUGCUGGGAGAGGCCUCCAACAUCCCUGGAUGUGACAGUCCUGGAACUUAUUAUUAAAACAUGCUAAACGAGGCAUGGAUGGAAGCCAGAGGUGAUGUUCUUUCACCAUUAGUUUACUUCUAACUUAAAGAUUUCACCAUCCCUUUUCUGCAGUCAGCUUCAACCAUAUUUAAAGCAAAUACAAUGGAAAUCAAUAAACCUUAAUUCACAAAAUAUCGUGUGUAAUACACUUAAAUCUGCUGAGAGUUGAUCUUCCAGUUUAGUUUUAAAAAGAAAAUAUUACAGUGUAUUAUUGAGGAUUUUUUACGUGGUUUGAACAAAACCAAAUAUUUUCAUAAUCUCUCAGUUAUCAGCAUUAGGCUUAAUUUAGUUAUUGGUUGUGUCUGGGACUUUGAGGAGCAGAUUUAUAAGAAUAAACUGUAGCAGUGCACAGCGUUGCUGUUCAGUGAAGCCAUAUCCUGCUGGCCCUCCAGGGCAGCCUCCACUCCUUGGUAGCAGAACUAAUUCUUUGUUUUAACCCAAAGAUGCCCUGCUUGUUUGGGAUUUUUCCUGGGCUCUGGCAGCUCCAGGUUGGUGUGUGUAGUGUGUUUGGAGCAGGUGAAUUCUGCAGGGAUGUUUUGUCACAGCAGGUGACCCAGUGCUGCCAGCUGUUCCCUCUCGUGCCCGUCAGUGCUUCACCCCCUGCCCUGGGCUGCUGCAUUUUGGGAGCAUUUUCUUGCUCUUGCAUGUUGCAGUCCAGAAUCAUUUUGCAGCUGCUGCGUUGGCACUGAGCUGUUGGACUGGGAACACCUUGUGCUGCCUGGUGGGAGCAGGGGGACACAGUGACAGUGACAUGGAUGGAAACACCUUUGUGCUGCCUGGUGGGAGCAGGGGGACAGGUCUCUCAAAGGGAGGGAACCACUGAGACCUUCCUGCCCUCUUUGGGGUGGUGGCAGUAAGGAAGGCAGAAGCUCAGAUGCUGUUUUGGGUUCUUAAUAACAGCAGCAGUCUUUGGAGAGUUGGAUUUGAAAAUUUGUAGCAAUCAUGAAUUCAGUGAAUCAUACUUUAGAUUAACCAUCCAGCAAGUGAUGUUUUGAAAUGUAAACCACCUUCCAGCUUUUCUCCUGCUCCAGCUCACAAGAAGCCCUCACACCUCAUUCUGUCAGAAGGAACGUGCUGCACCUUGGGCUGUGGUGCUCUGUGCCAUCCCAGCCAUCCAUGUGCCAUUUCUCUCAGGGGUUCUGAACAGAGCCCUCAGCCCUGGACAGCUGCAAAGGCCAUAAUGGGGGCAUGUGCAGCCAAGCUGGAGCAGCUCCCACAUCCCUGCUGUGCAUUAGCACUGGGGCUCAGUGCUGCCCCAUCCCAGUAGCUCAAACAGCCUUUUAGGAACAGCUAAUCUGAAUAUGCUCCAUAUCCACUCUUCUGUCUCCUUGAGGGAAGAGCCGAGUUGAAGCACAGCAGGUGCAAAUUCCCAAAUGAGCAUUUAUUUUAUUUUUAUUUUACUUGAGAGACUGGAAAACACAGUGGCUUUUUGGUAGGUGUUGAGGCCACAUAUUUCCCUGUAGCCUCUAGAUAGCAGCUUUCAGUUUGUGUUUUCUGCUAGAACAGCCACGCAAUAUUUAAAAAAACCAAAAACAAAAGUUUAAAAUAUGAGUUUCAUAUCCUACAUAGAAAGUAGUGAUGUGCUUGUUACUCUUGUAGCUUGAGGUACAAGCCAGCAGCAGUGUGUCCUGGCAGUGGCUGGGGUCAGAAGAGCCCUGGCAGUUCCCCUGGCAGUCCCUUGGAGCAGUGGGGGCAGAGAGGAGCUGGCCUGGCUUUGCUGGUGACAAUGUCACGGGUGAAAUGCAGCCAUCACACUUGUGAUUUCCUACUUGUCACUCCUGGUGUUAAGGCUUAAAUUUACAAUUUGUUACCUGGAGCAAGGUGUAGGCACUACAGGAUGAAGUGCAGGGGUGACACUGGCUCUUUCUGUCACCUGGGGCCACAUUGGCACUUGCCACCUCGCUGGUUCUAUGAUGAUCAGCUCCCUUUUGUUCCUCAACAUGCUCAGACCUGUCUGUGCAUCAUGUUCUGUUGCCUUCCCUGUCCCUUCACCUCCUUUCUCUUGGGGUGGGCCCGAGUUCCAGCUCCUCCCCAGUUCCUGUGGCUUCUGUGCAGGACACAGUGACCGGGUGAGUAACUCUGGGGCGAGUGGGGACAGGCACUGAGCACUGCUGGGGCUCUGGGCACUGUCACACCCUGUGCCACAGGGGCUCAGCUGCUCUGUGCUGGGCCAGGUACAGCCCAGCAGCUCAAAAAAAACUCAGCACAAAAUCCUCAGUUACCUACAAAGCAAUUUUAAACAUGAAGAAAAUACUAGACACUAAGAAAAUGUGAUCCUGUUGAGGUGCUUCCUUGCAGGUUGGAUUUGAUUGGAAAAAAUUAAAUCCUUGGUUUUUUUGUUCUAUGUGCAAAAUACGAAUUAAAAUACAGGAAAGUGGCUUAUAAAUGCUUUAGCUGAUGUUUGUUGGUUCAAUAUCACAAGCUUCUUGGGACCUCUUUGAAAUGAAUAUUCUAGUUGAAGUUAGCAGCUUUUAAGAUCCUUUUUCUUAGGGAAUGAUGUGGAGUUUUGAAUGUUCUGGCAUAUACCAAUUUUUCCAAGGCAGUUAUUGACAUUAGGAAACACCCUCUUUUUAGUGGGAUAGUGCCACAGAUGCCUCACAGCCAUUGCCUCUCUCUUGGCUUUGGGUUUUGUUCUCUGGUCACUGUGACCAUCCCAAGGCAGACUCAGCACAACUCCAGGGAGGAGUUUGGUCCUCAGUGAGAGACAGUGUGAGUUAAGUGUGAGAGCACUCAGUAUUUGGAGUUGGUGAUAAAGAUGAUUCUGAGAUCUGACAUCUAUUCUGUGGGAAGUUACCAGUAACAGCUGCACAGAUGCGUGUUUCAGUUAAAUUACAAUUUACCAGGGUGCUCUCAGCAGUGACUGGUUCCUGCUGGGUGUAAGUGUGAUUCCCUGGGAGCAUCCUGGGCUGCCUCUCUGUAUGAGGUUGCACUGAGUGUUUUCUGGGUUUGCUACUUGCAGAUUAAAGUGUGAGGCAAAUGCAGGUCCUUGCAGGACACAGCUGGUGUUUGCUGCUCCCAGAGCCCAGGCAGUGUCCCCUCCUUGCUGCCAUCUCGGGAUUCCUCUUGCCAGUGCCCCAGCUCCCUGCCUUGUUCCAUGACACUGGGUAUUACAGCUCACCUGUGUGCCAUCCCUUCCUCCUCUCCAUGCCCAGCACUGCCGGUUUCUCCUCCUCUGCUUGUCCCAAGUUCGAUAUUCUUUGCUCUGUUUGUGCAUCCCAAGUGUAAGCAGUGCCAGGGUCAGUGCUUCCUUGGGAAUGCAGAAGUGUUGUUGCUCAGCCUGGUCAGGGUUUGAACAGAGACUGUCUUGCAUGAAGAGCUUGUGUUACUCACAUGGUUUCAUACCAAGUUUAUUGAGUAAAUUAUUGAUUUCCAUUAAUGACAUUGAUGAGGAAUGUGUAACUAUGGUCAGGAUGUUCUGGUGAUGGAAGAGAGUGAUCUGGAUUCAAAGGAGAUAAGAAACUGUCACCGCCACCACACUGUGUUGGUUCCACACACCCUGCCCAGCUUGCUCUGCUGGCUGGUGCCCUCUGAUCCGUGCUCCAAGGGGUAAAGAGAAACAAUUCCCUGCUGCUGCACUGCCCAGGUGCCACGUGGGGUCUGAUCUGCCCCCCUGCCCACAGCCACGGUCCUGACCCUGCCUCGGGCACUGCACUCCCUGCUCCCAUCCUUGCAGGGCUUCUUCCCAGACUUCCCUUCCCUUGCUUUUCUCCCUUUGUAACUUGGUUUUUCCAGUGGAGCUGUGUUCACCCUCGGUUCUGUCCAGCAGCCUCUCCCCAUCUGUUACCUUGAGGCUGUUAGCAUCUUGUUCUAUUAGUGAAUGUCCUUGUCACCAGAGGGGAGCGGGGACCAGGAGAGCUCUACCAAGUCUUGUAUGAAACGUGGCCAUUUUACCUUCUAGCCAAGGAUUCACCUUGGUAGUUCAUGGAAGUUCACUCUGUCUUAUCCAUACUCAAAGCAAUUAAUUUUUUUGUUUUAUAUAAAAUAAAAAAAAAACAACUUAGAUAUUUGUGUCCACUGCAGAUUUAUUUUAAAUGGAAUAUGUGAGUACCAUGUAUUAUGGUAUUUUUAAAUAAUCUAUUGCCUAUUUUGGGGGGAGGGAGAUGACAAAUAUUUAGUCUUAGAUUUGCACUGCUGGAUUUUUUUAAGUGUAACCUUGACUGGUUAUCCUGGUGUUUUAUUCUGUAAGAUUAGUCUUAAGAAUUAAAGUUUGAUAAUUAAGUA